CUCUCUCUCUCUCUCUCUCUCUCUCUCUCUCUCAUAUGUCAUGCAAGAGAGUCGAGGCGCAGUAAACCCUAGCCCCCUCUCUCUAUUGACACUGCAUAGCUUUUUCCUCUCGUUCGGAUUCGCUUCCUCUCCAUAUACAUACAUCUCUCGCGCGCGUAUCUCCGUCGAAGGUAUUGGACCUGUCCCGAUGAGAUUUUCCUGUCGCUUGCGGCGAGGAUGAUCGUAACUCCGGUAAGGUCAAUUUCUGGGUUCCGACUUCGAUCGAUUCAGAGAUGUAUCUAAAUUCGCGUGGUUUGAGCGAUCGUGUUGGAUCCAAGACGUGGCUGCGCAGGAGGAAAAAAUGCCGUCUUCUCUUGGUUUGAUGAUCUCUGCCUUCUGAAAUCCUCCCUGUUAUUGCUGGCGAAUUUGUUUCUGACAGUUUUGUGCUUGUAAAAUCCUAGGGUUUAUAGAAUCUCCGGAUGUGAGUGGGAUUUUCUUCGUUGUUCUUGAGUUAGGACGGUUUUGCAUAGGUAGAGACCGUAGCUCUGAAACUGUUAAACACCAGUGAAAAGUGGCGAAGAUGAAUCUUGGAGCGGCCGAGGAAGAAUCGGCUCAGGAGAUUCACAUCCCAGCUGAUAUCAAUUGGGAAAUGCUCGAUAAAUCGAAGUUCUUCUUCCUCGGUGCAGCCUUGUUUUCAGGGGUAUCAGGAGCUCUUUACCCUGCGGUUCUGAUCAAGACAAGGCAACAAGUUUGCCAAUCUCAAGUUUCCUGCGUCAGGACAGCGUUUGCGCUUGUCAGGCACGAUGGUCUAAGGAGUUUGUAUAGAGGAUUUGGUACGUCUUUGACGGGAACAAUCCCUGCUCGGGCCUUGUACAUGGCAGCCUUGGAGGUCACGAAGAGUAACGUAGGCUCCGUGGCUGUUAGUUUAGGGUUUACAGAGGCCAAGGCUGCUGCUUUGGCCAAUGCUGUCGGGGGCCUGAGUGCUGCAAUGGCUGCUCAGCUCGUGUGGACUCCGGUUGACGUUGUGAGCCAAAGGCUUAUGGUUCAAGGAGGCAGUGGACUGGCGGUUAAUGCGUCGAGGUGUAAAUACGUCAACGGGUUCGAUGCAUUUAGAAAGAUCGUCAAAACUGAUGGGCUGAGGGGAUUAUACAGAGGGUUCGGGAUAUCGAUUCUGACUUACGCUCCAUCUAACGCGGUCUGGUGGGCAUCUUACUCGGUUGCACAAAGGAUGGUUUGGGGCGGAAUCGGGUGUUAUGUCUGUAAGAAAGACAGUGAUGAAGCAAACAAUACGAUCAAGCCCGACUCCAAGACGGUAAUGGCUGUUCAAGGAGUGAGUGCCGCCAUGGCAGGUAGUGUCUCUGCUCUGAUCACAAUGCCACUGGACACGAUUAAGACGAGAUUGCAGGUUCUAGACGGCGAAGAUAGUAGCAGCGGGAAGCGGUGUGGGCCGACAAUCGGGCAAACGGUUCGGAAUUUGGUAAGGGAAGGUGGAUGGAUGGCUUGUUACAGAGGACUCGGGCCGAGAUGUGCUUCAAUGUCGAUGUCUGCAACCACUAUGAUCACAACCUACGAGUUCUUGAAGCGGCUCUCUGCAAAGAACCAAGAGGGUUUCGCCCUGAAAUGACGAUGACGGUGACAAUGGAUCAGAACAGAAGAUCUGAUGUCUUUUUUCUUCUUUUUCUUGUUCUUGUUCUUCUAUCGUUCUGUCAAGUUUCUUUCCAUCUCACUCUCGUAACGAAUGUAUCAAAUCUUUGGUGUUUAUAAAUAAGAAAAUGUUAUUUUUAAUUUGCA